AUGGCAGCCUACGCUUCACAAGCCAAGUAUUAUGGCACAUGUAGUUCGCGUAUUAAAAGGGGAGAAAACUCUUCGUAUGCAUUAUGCCAAUUGCAGUACCUAUAAUGCUGAUUUUGAUGGUGAUGAAAUAAAUGUUCAUCUACCUCAAGACGAAAUUUCCCGUGCUGAAGCUUAUAAUAUUGUGAAUGCUAAUCAUCAAUAUAUUGUUCCAACAAGGGGUGAUACUGUCAGAGGUUUGAUCCAGGAUCAUAUUGUAAGUGCUGUGAUUCUCACAAUGAAGGAUACAUUUCUAACGCAUGAUCAGUUCAAUCAGCUCCUCUAUGGUUCUGGUGUGUUUGCUGCUGGGUGUGGUUCAUCUUUUGCCAAACCCUGCCAGAAAAUUUCUACAGUAGAUUCUGAAGCUCUGAUGCAGCCUGUUUUGCCUGCAAUAUGGAAACCAAAGCCACUUUGGACUGGGAAACAGGUCAUUACUGCUCUUCUAAAUCAUUUGACUAGAGAUUACACACCAUUUACUGUUGAAAAAGAUGGGAAGAUUCCGUCGUCUUAUUUUGGCAGUCAGGCUAAUCAGAAGCAUCCUAGCAAAGGUAGCAAAAAGGAAGAAAAUGGUGAACAUAUGUUGUUAAUUUGGAAGAAUGAACUCGUGCAUGGUGUGAUUGACAAGGCUCAGUUUGGCAAGUAUGGGUUGGUUCAUACUGUGCAGGAGCUCUAUGGCUCAAACACAGCAGGCAUUCUGCUUUCUGCUCUCAGUCGCUUGUUUACUGUGUUUUUACAGAUUCAUGGGUUCACAUGUGGGGUCGAUGACCUUAUGAUAUUAGCAGAUCAUGACGAGGAAAGGAAGAAGAAACUUGAUGGUGAAGAUGUUGGUGAAGAAGUUCAUUGUGAUUUCUUUAAGUUCAAGCCUGGUACAAUAGGUAGGUAUGCUUUUCUACAAUAUUGCAUAACAUGGACAUUUUCUUUACUGUACUUGUGGAUGAGGAAAAUGGUUAGAGAAUAUCAAAUUUUUCAGUAGAUCAUUGAUGAAUCU